CGAACGUUGCACAGAGAGGAAAUACUUUUAAGAAUUUGCGGAUUGAGAUUGAGGAGGACGUUUGCAUUUGCAAACUCGCAUAAACUUAUGUGCCAAACAAAAGCCGGUACGUCAACAAGGUCAUACGUUUGUAGGUUUUCACCCACAGUUUUCGUUAAUUAUAUUAACAAUUAAUAUCAUAUCAAUGAGAACAUUAAGUAUAAUUAACAUUCAAGUUAUAUAAAGAACGAAGUAUUAAUUAGAGGAAAGUGUAACAAUGUCUCAGAAUAUUGCACAUGAUGUUAAUAAAAAGCCAAGAACAAAGGACAUUAGAAUACAAGAGAAUGUUACAUUUUUCCAAAUGGGAUUUUCUCAAAAGAUUUUGGACGGAUUGUGUACAUGUGGUUUUCAAAGGCCUUCUCCUAUACAAUUGAAGGCAAUUCCAUUAGGAAGAGUUGGUUUUGACUUGAUAAUGCGUGCUAAGUCAGGAACUGGAAAGACUUUAGUAUUUAGUGUAAUAUCACUUGAAAUGGUUGAUAUUGAGAUAUCAUCUAUACAAGUGUUAGUAUUGGCACCUACUCGAGAAAUUGCUGUACAAAUUGCUCAUGUCUUCUCAUCUGUAGGUUGUGAAAUUAAGGGUUUAAAGGUUGAAGUCUUCAUAGGAGGAAUAGCUAUAGAAGGGGACAAAAAGAAGUUAAAAGAUUGCCAUAUAGCUGUUGGUGCGCCAGGUCGGAUUAGACAUUUGGUUGAAAAAGGCUUUUUAAAAGUUGAUAACGUUCGAUUAUUUGUUUUCGAUGAGGCGGAUAAAUUAAUGGAAGUCAGUUUUCAAAAGGAUAUUAAUUACAUCUUCUCAAAAUUACCAUUGAACAAGCAAAUUAUAGCAUCAAGUGCUACUUAUCCUGGUGAUUUAGAAACAUUUUUACAAACCUACAUGUGUUCCCCGGUUGUAGUAUCUCCGGACAAUGAUGAAUCAAUACUUAUCGGUCUCCGGCAAUUUGUAACAAUAGUCUCGUCACAUCCGAAUGCUAUGAAACAGGUUCAAAUAAAGGUAGAUGAAUUGACAAAAAUAUUUUAUAAAAUUCCAUUUAAGCAAAGUUUAGUGUUUUCAAACUAUCAGUCACGGGCUCAAUCAGUGUGUAAUAAAAUUAAUUCCAUGGGAUUACAAGCAACCUUUAUUGCUGGAAAUCAGGAUAUGAAUAAAAGGCUCGAAGCCAUUAAUAAAUUAAAAAAUUUUAAAUGUAGAAUAUUGUUGACGACCGAUUUGACUGCGAGAGGUAUAGAUGCGGACAAUGUAAAUUUAGUUGUAAACCUUGAUUUACCCGUAGAUGCGCCAACGUACUUGCACAGAAUAGGCAGAGCUGGACGUUAUGGAUCUUACGGAAUUUCAAUAACGAUAAUUGCAGAAAACGAGCUCGAAACGUUUCAACAGUUGUUAACGCACGUAGGAGGUCCAACGUUUUACGUAUUGAAACUCCCUGCAGAGUACCCAGAUGAUAUAUGGUCUGUGCCUAGUACAGAAUACGAAAAACUUUGCGCGAAAUCAGACAGCAAUGAAAAUCAGAUUGAGAUUAAUUCUGUCGCUGAAGUAAAAAAUAACUCCACGACUGUUAUCGAUGCCGAUCUACCGAAUAAAAUAAAGUCAGAGACGAAUGAGACAUCAGAUGGCACAAACAAGGAAGAUACGAUUGACAAGAAUUGUUCUAAUGAGAAAGAAACAAAGAAUGAUAUAGUUAAACACGUUAAUGAUCUCCAUAAUUCCCAUUUACAAGAGCUUACCUUAGAAAAGAUAGAAGUUAGUUCUUUAUUUGUGGACGGCACUAUCGUAAUAAACAAGUUUGAAGAUAUUCAAGAAAAUAAGAAAGUAGAUAAGAAAAAGACUGCAUCAUAUAGUUUGUCCAAACCAAAAGUUAUACAUACCUUUAAAUUAGAUUUUCCUGAAAAUAAUCUCUCUACUUGGCAGAAGAAUAAUGAAAAUGUAGUAUUCGAAGUUGAUUUAACAGAUGUUCAAGAAGACGAUUUAUCGAGCUGCGAUAUUGAUAUAAUUACUGAAUAUGUGAAAUAUAAUGUUGAUAGUGAACAUGUUGAAGAAAAUUCUUCAACCUAUGACGUGGAUACUAAUUCAUGUCUUACUACUGUACCUGAUGAAAUGCAGAAGACUCAUUGUAUAGGAAAUAACGGUCCGAUUGAUAAUCUGACGAAUAAAAUUAAAAAUGAUGCGAAUACAACAUUUUUGAAUGAACUGAAUCAUUAUCUUGCGCAUUAUUAUACAAAGAAUUUGAAUACAGUUCAGAGUAAAUCAUAUUUAAAUGAUGAAGAAACAGUAAAAGAGGCGCUUAGUUGGAAACAGAAACUUGAUUUUGAAAUAAAACUGUUAGAUAAUGCACUGCAGUCAACGACGGAAUCCAUUCAAAAAUUGAUAUACCAAGAACACUUUCGAAUGCUUAGAAUAUUUUACAAAAUACAAAAACAGGCACUCUUGUGCGUUUAUCCAGAGAUACGGAAUGACGAUGAAAUAGACGAUACUUAUUCAUACUGCGUAAGUUCCGGGGAUUCGAAUGUACUUCAAAUGUAUAAAACGAUAGAAGAUUUUAAAAGUAUCCAUCGAAGACCUGGAGAGAAAUUUAAAGCAUAUUUUCCAUAUCCUGUUAAAGAAGACUCGUAUAUGCCGAAUUUGAUGAUAUCCGAAACUGAUGCCAAAGAUUAUCUUAACGCUUUGCGAUAUUUACAUUCGAACCCAGAUCCCAGAAAGAAGUUAUUAGAAAUAAUAGAUUACGUGGCGUUUUUAGAUGAAGCCAAACAACGUAGUAUUCUAGAAAGACUAAAAAAUGAUUCCGAAAUUAUUUCAGUCGAUGAUUUACUGGCGAGAAUAAAAAGUUUAGAUUUAAACAAAGAAACAGAGGACAACUCUACGGAACAGCAAAGAGCUGACACUGAUGAAACUGCAAAUUUAGUUUCGCACAAUGAGUCUCCUAAUGCUGAAAAUGUGAAUAACAUCAAUGAGCAAAACGUAAUUGUAAAUGAAAACAUAAGAAAUAAUGUGAGUAGCAGCAGUUCUAAUGAUUCAACGUUAACCGAAUCGGAUGAUUCUAUUGAAAAAGAAUCUGUGCCUCGCGAAAAUGUAUACAGUAGCACAUCAAGCACUCUUUCAAGUGAAAAUAAUGACGAUAACAAAUCUAAGGAAAAAGCAUAUGCGAAGAAUAAUUUUCGUAAAUGCAGAAAGUUUUCAAAAAGAAAUAAGCUGGUUAAAGAUAAGGAACAAUACUUAUAUGAUGAUACAUUUGAAUGUAAUUAUAUUUCGUAUGAAAAAAUCGAUAGACUAUCCGAUAACAUUGAUGAAUGUGAGAAGAAAUGUCAACCUCAGAAGCAAUUAAAGUCAUCAUCGAAAUCCGUGCGAUGUAGCUUAAGCUCAAUGAAGUCAAAUUUGUACUCGAAUAAAGAGGAGUCAAAUAUUCAGGAAUCACGUGCAUAUAACGAACGGCAGAAUUCUGAUUUUUCUUCCAACAAAAAUCAAAAGCCUGUAACGCAAUAUUACGCACCAUUUUAUAAUUAUACGAAUAAUGUUCCUUGUACUACUGAAACGGAAAAUCAUGCAUGUUCUCUUAAUAAUUAUUCAAAUCCUUCUUUUUCGAGAAACACUUAUCCAUCAAAUGAAAACGAAACGAGCGAAAUUGAGCAGUUUUUAUCAUCUUUGAGGAUUGAAACAGAUCAAUUUCAUUUAGAAUUGUACAAAUCAGAAAUGUUUCAUAAUUCAACAAAGCACGAUUACGAUUAAUUAAAAUGAAUAAAAUUCUACAUUGGAUAAGUAGUUGAAAUUUGUGGAUUUUUUGUCCAUGAGUAUCGAUCAAUAUAUAAUUUAAAAGCAAGAAUUGUUUUACUAUAUUGUAAAUACGA